GGCAGCCGCUCCUGUCAGCGGGUGAAAUGGCAGCGGCAGAACCGGCGGCGGCCGCGGUCCCGGGGGGCGGCUGAGGGGGCCGGGCCGGGGCUGCGGGGCGAGCAGCACGGCGGGGAUCCAGCGGCGCGGCCCGGGACAGUGAAGCUCGGCACGGCGAUGGCGGCGUGCUCGGCGCAGACAGAGCUGUGACCUGGCCCUGCUCACAGCCGAUGAGCCUGUCCACCAUGGCGAGCCCCACUCUGAGCCCCGACUCCUCAUCCCAAGAGGCCCUGUCGGCCCCCACCUGCUCCCCCACUUCAGACUCUGAAAACCUCAGCCCCGAUGAGCUGGAGCUGCUGGCCAAGCUGGAGGAGCAGAACCGCCCUCCAUGGCCAGGCUCCUGGAAGCCGACUCCAAGUCCAUGCGCUCCAUGAACGGCUCGCGGCGGAACAGCGGCUCCUCGCUGGUGUCCAGCUCCUCGGCCUCCUCCAACCUGAGCCACCUGGAGGAGGACACUUGGAUCCUGUGGGGCCGGAUCGCCAACGAGUGGGAGGAGUGGCGACGAAGGAAGGAGAAGCUGCUGAAGGAGCUGAUCCGCAAGGGCAUCCCGCACCACUUCCGGGCCAUCGUGUGGCAGCUCCUGUGCAGCGCCACAGACAUGCCGGUCAAGAACCAGUACUCGGAGCUGCUCAAGAUGUCCUCGCCGUGCGAGAAGCUGAUCCGCAGAGACAUUGCCCGCACCUACCCAGAGCAUGAGUUCUUCAAGGGCCAGGACAGCCUGGGCCAGGAGGUCCUCUUCAAUGUCAUGAAGGCGUACUCCCUGGUGGACAGGGAGGUGGGCUACUGCCAGGGCAGCGCCUUCAUCGUGGGCCUGCUCCUCAUGCAGAUGCCCGAGGAAGAAGCCUUCUGUGUGUUCGUGCGGCUGAUGCAGGAGUACCGCCUGCGGGAGCUCUUCAAGCCCAGCAUGGCGGAGCUGGGGCUCUGCAUCUACCAGUUCGAGUACAUGCUCCAGGAGCAGCUCCCGGAUCUGAACACUCACUUCCGCUCCCAGAGCUUCCACACGUCCAUGUACGCCUCGUCCUGGUUUCUCACACUCUUCCUGACUACCUUCCCGCUCCCCGUUGCCACCCGUGUCUUUGACAUCUUCAUGUACGAGGGCCUGGAGAUUGUGUUCCGGGUGGGCCUCGCGCUUCUGCAGGUGAACCAGACAGAGCUGAUGCAGCUGGACAUGGAGGGGAUGUCCCAGUACUUCCAGAGGGUGAUCCCCCACCAGUUCGACAGCUGCCCGGACAAGCUGGUCCUCAAGGCUUACCAGGUCAAGUACAACCCCAAGAAGAUGAAGAGGCUGGAGAAGGAGUAUGCGGCCAUGAAGAGCAAGGAGAUGGAGGAGCAGAUCGAGAUCAAAAGGCUUCGGACGGAGAACCGGCUCCUGAAACAACGGAUCGAGACCCUGGAAAAGGAGAGCGCUGCUCUGGCUGAUAGGUUAAUCCAGGGGCAGGUGACUCGGGCGCAGGAGGCCGAGGAGAACUAUGUCAUCAAGCGGGAGCUGGCAGUGGUGCGGCAGCAGUGCAGCUCGGCGGCCGAGGACCUGCAGAAGGCCCAGAGCACCAUCCGGCAGCUCCAGGAGCAGCAGCGGCAGCCUGGGGCCCAGCACAGCCUUCUGCCUGCCCCCCAGGACAACCCGCGCCUCACUGAGGACUUCGUGGCCCACCUGGAGACCGAGCUGGAGCAGUCGAGGCUGCGGGAGACCGAGACGCUGGGGGCUCUGCGAGAGAUGCAGGACAAGGUUCUGGACAUGGAGAAGAGGAACAGCUCGCUGCCCGACGAGAACAACGUGGCGCGGCUGCAGGAGGAGCUGAAGGCGGUCAAGGUGCGGGAGGGCGAGGCCGUGGCCUCGGCGCGGGAGCUGAAGCUGCAGCUGCAGGAGCUCUCGGACACCUGGCAGGCCCACCUGUCCCGCGGCGGCCGCUGGAAGGAGUCCCCCCGGAAGCUGGUCCUGGGCGAGCUGCAGGACGAGCUGAUGAGCGUGCGUCUGCGCGAGGCCCAGGCCCUGGCCGAGGGUCGCGAGCUGCGACAGCGCGUGGUGGAACUCGAGACGCAGGACAACAUCCACCGCAACCUGCUGAACCGCGUGGAGGCGGAGCGCGCGGCGCUGCAGGAGAAGCUGCAGUACCUGGCGGCGCAGAACAAGGGGCUGCAGACGCAGCUCAGCGAGAGCCGCCGCAAGCAGGCCGAGGCCGAGUGCAAGAGCAAGGAGGAGGUGAUGGCCGUGCGCCUGCGGGAGGCGGACAGCAUGGCAGCGGUGGCCGAGAUGCGCCAGCGCAUCGCCGAGCUGGAGAUCCAGAGGGAGGAGGGCCGCAUCCAGGGCCAACUGAACCACUCGGACUCGUCGCAGUACAUCCGCGAGCUCAAGGACCAGAUCGAGGAGCUGAAGGCGGAGGUGCGGCUGCUGAAGGGUCCGCCGCCCUUCGAGGACCCGCUGGCCUUCGACGGGCUGGGCCUGGCGCGGCACCUGGAUGAGGACUCGCUGCCGUCGUCGGACGAGGAGCUGCUCGGGGUCGGCGUGGGCGUGGGCGCGGCGCUGCAGGACGCGCUCUACCCGCUGUCCCCGCGCGACGCGCGCUUCUUUCGUCGACUGGAGCGGCCGGUCAAGGACAGCGAGGGCAGCUCAGACAGCGACGCGGAUGAGCUGGCCGCGCCCUAUAGCCAGGGCCUGGACAACUGAGGCCUUCCGUGCCCUGCGUGCUGGAGCCAGGGGGGCCCCCACCUGAUGAACUCCACGCCCUCCGUGGUCCCGCCCACCGGAGGGCUCAGCCCAGAGCACGGGGGCGCAGAGGCUACGGUCACGGUCUGAGGAUCCUCAGGGUCCCCCCAGCAGGCCUACUCUCCCCAGCAGUGUUUACCCAUCUUGGUCUGUACUCCUCCAGCCCGGCUCCCUGGAGGGUCUGCCCCCUCUUAACAGCCAGGGCAGGGAAUGACCCAGAGGUCCCAGGACUGGAUGAGCAGGAAGCUCCCCACUCCCAGCAGUCUCUCUUCUGGGACAAGGGUGGCCCUGCUGGGAAGGGCCCCGGAGCUAAAGAAGGCGUAAGGAAGAAGGGGCCGCUCUGGGCUGGACGUCACCACCCCGUGAUGCCCCUGGGGACCGUUGGCGGCUGGGCACAGAUGACCAGGCUAGGCUUUCCUGCCUGGUGCGGGCAUCAUGGCCCCUGCAGCAGAAACCAAAGUCCCCCCUACUGUACGCAGGGCCAGCCGGGGUGCGAGUGGACAGCAGGAACCAGCCCAGACCUGGGCAGGACAGACCUGUCUGUCCCUGCUUCUUGGGGGCCAGAGCAGCUGCAAGGAAGAGACCCCCUUUCCCCAGCACCCCACAUCUCCCUUUUGGGACACUCCCAUCACCUUGUCUUGGCCAAUGAUGGAGGGGCUCCCCCACCCAAGCUAGCCUGCUCUCCAAGUGGUCCCCCGCCUCCCCAUCCCUUCUUCCUUUCCCGUGUCCCCGGCCUCACCCUCUGGCCAAGGCCAUGCCCCAGGGGCAGGAGCCUUUCCAGAGGCGUUACCUCCCCUCGGCUGCUCAUGGUGGUCCCGUGCUCUCUGCAGAGUCAGAGCCAAGAACGGUGCCAAAGUCCAACGAUACCCCCAGCCCCUUGCCCCCAGGGCCUUGUGACCUUCAGGCCUCAGACCCUGUCGGUGCUCCUGGAGCCUGGAGCAGCGUCAAAAGCAAUCUCCCUGGCGCUUCCUGGGGUGGGGAUCCAUGCCCAGUUACCCCUUUCCGGUCGCCCGCUCCUCAGUGUUAACAAAGCCCGGGGACCAGGGUGGGCAUCCGAGGGGCUCUCCCAUGUGCCCCCCACACUGCCCACCACCAUUUUGCACACUGCCUGUUCACACUCCACAUGUCGCCCAGGCGGGAAAGAUGGAAAAUAAAGUGUAUUUACACAGUCACAGACAA